GCCGGCGCGCCGCAGCUUCCCCCGGGGCUGCGCGGGCAGUGUGUCGACAGGGGCUGUGGCCGGCGCGUCGAGAGGCGUGUGUCUGCAGGCUCUUCCGCACACACUUCGCACGCCCCAGGCAUGGGCCGGCCCCUCGACUGCUGACGGACAGCCGCCGUCAUGUCGGUGGGCGGGGUCGGCAUGCUGUUGCUGGCGCUCUACGUCCAGGGGACUUCCACCCUGCCCGAGAUCAUCAGGAUAGGAGGCCUGUUCCACCCGGCGGACGACCGGCAGGAGGUGGCGUUCCGCUACGCCGUCGAGCGCAUCAACGACGAGCGCAGCAUCCUGCCCCGCUCGCGCCUGUCCGCGCAGAUCGAGAAGAUCUCGCCGCAGGACAGCUUCCACGCCUCCAAGAGGGUGUGCCACCUGCUGCGCAGCGGCGUGGCCGCCAUCUUCGGGCCGCAGUCGGCGCAGACGGCCAGCCACGUGCAGUCCAUCUGCGACACCAUGGAGAUCCCGCACCUGGAGACGCGCUGGGACUACCGCCUGCGGCGAGAGAGCUGCCUCGUCAACCUGUACCCGCACCCCACCACGCUCUCCAUGGCGUACGUGGACCUGGUGAAGGCGUGGGGGUGGAAGUCCUUCACCAUCAUCUACGAGAACAACGAGGGCCUGGUGCGCCUGCAGGAGCUGCUGAAGGCCCACGGGCCGUCAGAGCUGCCUGUCGCCGUGCGCCAGCUGGGCGAGGGCUCCGACUACAGGCCCUUGCUGAAGCAGAUCAAGAACUCGGCCGAGUCGCACAUCGUGCUGGACUGCUCCACGGAGCGGAUAUACGACGUGCUGAAGCAGGCCCAGCAGAUCGGCAUGAUGAGCGACUACCACAGCUACCUCAUCACCUCGCUGGACCUGCAGACGGUGGAGCUGGAGGAGUUCAAGUACGGCGGCACCAACAUCACGGCGCUGCGCCUGGUGCGGCCCGACAGCCCCGAGCUGCAGAGGAUGGGGCGCCCCCGCGGCGAGCAGCGGACCGCGCGCCGCCUGGAGCCGCCGCCGGGCAAGGUCCUCGCCCACAGCUCUCACACGUCAUUCUUUGAAAACAUCACGUUCAUUAAGACGGAGACGGCGCUGAUGUACGACGCGGUGCGCCUGUUCGCCAAGGCGCUGCACGACCUGGACAGCAGCCAGCGCAUCGACAUCAAGCCCUUGAGCUGCGACGCCGUCGACGUCUGGCCGCACGGCUACAGCCUCAUCAACUACAUGAAGAUCGUGGAGAUGCCCGGCCUGACGGGCGUCAUCAAGUUCGACAACCAGGGCUUCCGCAGCAACUUCGCGCUGGACGUGGUGGAGCUGAGCAAGGACGGGCUCGUGAAGAUCGGCACGUGGAACUCCACCGAGGGCGUCAACUUCACGCGCACCUACAACGAGGCGUACACGCAGAUCGUGGAGAGCCUGCAGAACAAGACCCUGGUGGUCACCACCAUCCUGAGCUCGCCGUACUGCAUGCUGAAGGACUCGAGCGAGAAGCUGUCGGGCAACGCGCAGUACGAGGGCUACGCCGUCGACCUCAUCCACGAGAUCUCCAAGUCGCUGGGCUUCAACUACACCAUCAAGCUGGUGCCGGACAACAAGUACGGCUCGCUGAACCGCGAGACCAAGGAGUGGGACGGCAUGAUGAAGGAGCUGCUCGACCAGAAAGCGGACCUGGCAGUGGCGGACUUGACCAUCACGUACGACCGAGAGCAAGCAGUGGACUUCACGAUGCCCUUCAUGAACCUCGGCAUCAGCAUCCUGUACCGCAAGCCCAUCAAGCAGCCGCCCAACCUGUUCUCGUUCCUAUCGCCGCUGUCGCUGGACGUGUGGAUCUACAUGGCCACCGCCUACCUGGGCGUGUCCGUGCUGCUCUUCAUCCUGGCGAGGUUCACGCCCUACGAGUGGCAGAACCCGCACCCUUGCAACCCCGAGCCCGACCACCUGGAGAACCAGUUCACGCUGCUCAACUGCAUGUGGUUCGCCAUUGGCUCGCUCAUGCAGCAGGGCUGCGACUUCCUGCCCAAGGCAGUGUCGACGCGAAUGGUGGCCGGCAUGUGGUGGUUCUUCACGCUCAUCAUGAUCUCGUCGUACACGGCCAACCUGGCGGCCUUCCUCACCGUCGAGCGCAUGGACUCGCCCAUCGAGAGCGCCGAGGACCUGGCCAAGCAGACGAGGAUCAAGUACGGCGCGCUCCGCGGCGGCUCCACCGCCAGCUUCUUCAGGGACUCCAACUUCUCGACGUACCAGCGCAUGUGGUCGUUCAUGGAGUCGGCGCGCCCCACCGUCUUCACCGGCUCCAACGUGGAGGGCGUGGAGCGCGUCGUCAAGGCCAAGGGCAGCUACGCCUUCCUCAUGGAGUCGACGAGCAUCGAGUACGUGAUCGAGCGCAACUGCGAGCUCACCCAGGUCGGCGGCAUGCUCGACUCCAAGGGCUACGGCAUCGCCAUGCCUCCAAACUCGCCGUACCGCACGGCGAUCAGUGGCGUGGUGCUGAAGCUUCAGGAGGAGGGCAAGCUGCACAUCCUGAAGACCCGCUGGUGGAAGGAGAGGCGGGGAGGGGGCGCUUGCAGGGACGACAUCUCGAAGAGCAGCAGCGCCGCCAACGAGCUGGGGCUGGCGAACGUGGGCGGGGUGUUCGUGGUGCUGAUGGGCGGCAUGGGCGUGGCCUGCGUCAUCGCCGUCGGCGAGUUCGUGUGGAAGUCGCGCAAGGUCGCCGUGGAGGAGCGGUCGUCGCUGUGCUCGCAGAUGGCGGGCGAGCUGCGGGCCGCGGCGCGCUGCAGCGGCUCCACGCGGCCGGCGCGGCGGCGCGGCCAGGCGGCGGGCCGCGACUCCAAGUUCGUGCCGCUGGGGCCCUACUCGCAGUACGGCUUCGUGGGCAAGGAGCCGCUCUCCUGAGCUCGUCCGCCCCGCGGCGGCUGGUCCUAGAGCCACGCGCCAACCGCAACCACGCGACACCUCUAAUACCCCUGUGGGAAUAACACAACACACAACAUCGGCCAAAUUACAAUUCCUUGCUUCAAUUCCCCCCUUCCAGUCUUUGAAUUGCUGUGAUCUGAACGGAUUUUUAAAAAGAUGUAGACGUUACGUGUACAGAAAGGCUUUAAUUUUG